CCGUCUCCCUCCUUUUCCGCUGCCGAGGCGGCGGGAGCCGAGCCCCAGCGGACCGAGCCGCGGCCGCAGAGGGCGGCGGGUGCAAAGGCGGCGGCGGGGUGGUCAGGCGACGGCGAUGCGGCGGCCGCGCUGAAUCCGCCCGCUCCUGGCGCUGGGGGAACCGGCCGCGCUGGGCGGCAGCAUGCGGGGCGGCGAGGAGCUGGACGGCUUCGAGGGCGAGGCCUCGAGCACCUCCAUGAUCUCGGGCGCCAGCAGCCCGUACCAGCCCACCACCGAACCGGUGAGCCAGCGCCGCGGGCUGGCCGGCUUGCGCUGCGACUCCGACUACCUGCGCGGUGCGUUCGGCCGCCUCAAGGUCGCCCAAGUGAUUUUGGCCCUGAUUGCAUUCAUCUGCAUUGAGACCAUCAUGGAGUGCUCCCCGUGCGAAGGCCUCUACUUUUUUGAGUUUGUAAGCUGCAGUGCAUUUGUGGUGACUGGGGUCCUGCUGAUUCUCUUCAGUCUCAACCUUCAUAUGAGGAUCCCUCAGAUCAACUGGAGCCUGACAGAUUUGGUCAACACUGGACUCAGCACUUUCUUUUUCUUUAUUGCCUCAAUUGUACUGGCUGCUUUAAACCACAAAACCGGAGCGGAAAUUGCUGCCGUGAUAUUUGGCUUCUUGGCAACAGCAGCCUAUGCAGUGAGCACAUUCCUGGCCGUGCAGAAAUGGAGAGUCAGCCUCCGCCAGCAGAGCACUAAUGACUACAUCCGAGCUCGCACUGAGUCCAGAGAUGUGGACAGUCGCCCCGAGAUCCAGCGCCUGGACACAUGAGACCCUCCAGGAGUCCUCCCUCCGCUGCCCUCACACCCAUUCUUCUAAUCAAGUUUUCUUUCUCUCAGCACGCCA